AUGAGGGGUCUGUCUUGCCUUUCUCUGCUGCUUGCAGCGACGGCUGGGCCAAUCCGUGCCGCUUUCACUUGGCAGAACGUCAAGAUCGGUGGCGGCGGUGGAUUUACGCCCGGCAUCGUGUUCCACCCCAAGACAGAAGGCGUGGCAUAUGCCCGAACCGACAUUGGCGGCAUCUAUCGUCUGAACUCGGACGACUCGUGGACCGCCAUCACCGAUAGCAUCACCGAUAAUGCCAACUGGCAUAACUGGGGCAUUGAUGCCAUUGCGCUUGAUCCUCAGGACGACCAGAAGGUGUACGCCGCGGUGGGCAUGUACACUAACAGCUGGGAUCCUAGCAACGGUGCCAUCAUCCGCUCAUCUGAUCGGGGAGCCACAUGGUCGUCCACCAGUCUGAGCUUCAAGGUUGGCGGCAACAUGCCUGGCCGUGGAAACGGCGAGCGUUUAGCUGUAGACCCGGCCAACUCCAAGAUCAUCUACUUCGGAGCCCGAUCGGGCAACGGGCUGUGGAAGUCCACCGAUGGUGGUGUCACUUUCGCCAAGGUGUCCUCGUUCACGGCGGUUGGAACAUUCGCACCAAAUCCCAGCGACACCACCGGUUACAACAACGAUAUCCAAGGCCUGAAUUGGGUCACCUUCGACUCUACCUCGGGGACGACCAGUGGUGCUACAUCGCGCAUCUUUGUCGGUGUUGCUGACAACACGACCGCGAGUGUCUAUGUCAGCAACGAUGCUGGAAGUACAUGGUCCGCUGCCGCUGGACAACCCGUCAAGUAUUUUCCACACAAGGGGAAACUCCAGCCCGGCGAGAAGGCGUUAUAUAUCACAUACACGGACGGAACUGGCCCGUACGAUGGUACCUCUGGUGCCAUCUACCGAUAUGACAUUACAAACGGUACUUGGAAGGACAUUACCCCCGUCUCCGGCUCUGAUCUUUACUUUGGUUUCGGAGGUAUCGGUUUGGACAUGCAGAACCCUGGUACGCUCGUGGUAUCGAGCCUGAACUCAUGGUAUCCCGAUCAGCAGAUAUUUCGCUCCACUGAUUCGGGAGCAACCUGGAGUACGCUCUGGGCAUGGACUAGCUACCCCAAUAUGGCCUAUUAUUAUGGACUCACUACACCGCUUGCUCCCUGGAUUAAGACGGGUUUUGUGGACGUCGACACCAAGAAGCUUGGCUGGAUGGUGGAGGCUCUAGAAAUCGACCCCCACGACAGCGACCACUGGCUGUACGGUACUGGACUGACGAUCUACGGUGGGCACGACCUGACCAAAUGGGACACGGUCCACAACAUAUCCAUCCAGGCACUUGCCGACGGCAUCGAAGAGUUUGCUGUCCAAGGCCUCGCUUCGGCCCCUGGGGGCAGCGAACUUCUGGCAGCCAUCUACGAUGAGAACGGCUUUACUUUCAAAACCAAGAGUGAUCUUGGCACCUCGCCGAAAACCAACUGGGUGAACCCCGAGUGGUCAUCGUCCACUGGUGUCGAUUAUGCGGGAAACUCGGUGGCCAAUGUCGUCCGAGUCGGCAACGUAGCAGGUACUCAGCAGGUGGCCGUUUCUACCGACGGCGGAUCGACUUGGAACAUCAACUACGGCGCAGACACGGCUACAUACGGCGGAACGGUCGCGUACUCUGCCAAUGCUGAUACCAUCCUGUGGUCGUCAUCCUCCAACGGUGUGCUGCGCUCCCAGUAUCAGAGCACCUUCGCGGCGGUCUCUAGCGUACCGUCUGGCGCCGUGAUUGCGUCGGACAAGAAAAACAACACGUACUUUUACGCCGGGUCUUCAGCAAAAUUUUACGUAAGCAAAGACACGGGUUCGACUUUUGCGGCGGGUGGUGGGCUUGGAAGUGCCACCGCUAUCCGCGACAUCGUUGUGAGCGCUGCCACCGCUGGUGACGUCUGGGUGUCGACAGACAUCGGUAUCUUCCACUCGACCAAUUUCGGCGCAUCGUUCACCCAGACCUCGACGGCGCUGACAAACACAUACCAGAUCGCGCUUGGUGUUGGUUCCGGCAGCACCUGGAAUGUGUAUGCGUUUGGUACGGGGUCUGCAGGUGCUCGACUUUAUGCGAGUGCCGACAGCGGCGCCACGUGGACCGACAUCCAAGGAAGCAGCCAGGGGUUUGGUGCCAUCGACAGCUGCAAGCUCGCGGGAAGCGGCAGCACCGCCGGGCAAGUGUAUGUCGGCACCAACGGCCGCGGUGUGUUCUGGGCGCAAGGAGCCGUCAGCGGUAGUGGGGGGUCGUCAACGUCGACCACGUUGAAGACCACCACGUCUUCGUCGGUUGCCACGUCGACUACGAUCAAAACGACGACGACCACGUCGGCCUCGAGCACCGUGCGGUCGACAUCAACGACAGCCUCGACGACGGUGCGAACAAGCACGUCCACAAGCACUGCGGCAUCGUCGACAUCGACUGCUGUAGCACAGCACUAUGCGCAAUGUGGAGGAAGCGGCUGGACAGGAGCGACGACUUGUGUUUCGCCAUAUGUAUGUACGAAACAGAACGACUUUUACAGCCAGUGCCUGUAG